AGCUCCAAUGUAAACAGAGCAGGCAGGGGCCCUGAUUCACUGGCUGCUGGGGCCAGGGUUGGGGGGUGGGGGUGCCCACGGGGCUUGGCUAGUGGGGUUUGGGGGGGCAGUGGGUGCAAGGAGCCCGGCUCGUGUCUGCCACUGGCCGGCAAGUGACAGCCCACGCGGUGGGGGAGGCGACCGGCGCGGUGGCCCCAGGCCGCGUGGCCCCGCGGUGGCGGAGCCAUGGUGUCCAAACUGAGCCAGCUGCAGACCGAGCUCCUGGCCGCCCUGCUCGAGUCGGGCCUGAGCAAAGAGGCGCUGAUCCAGGCGCUGGACGAGCAGGGGCCCUACCUGGUGGCCGGAGGUGGCCCGCUGGACAAGGGGGAGCCCUGCGGCGGCGGCCGGGGGGAGCUGGCCGAGCUGCCCAACGGGCUGGGGGAGACUCGGGGCUCCGAGGACGAGACGGACGACGAUGGGGAAGACUUCACGCCACCCAUCCUCAAAGAGCUGGAGAACCUCAGCCCCGAGGAGGCGGCCCACCAGAAAGCCGUGGUGGAGACCCUUCUGCAGGAGGACCCGUGGCGCGUGGCGAAGAUGGUCAAGUCCUACCUGCAGCAGCACAACAUCCCACAGCGCGAGGUGGUCGACACCACUGGCCUCAACCAGUCCCACCUGUCCCAGCACCUCAACAAGGGCACUCCCAUGAAGACGCAGAAGCGGGCUGCCCUGUACACCUGGUACGUCCGCAAGCAGCGAGAGGUGGCCCAGCAGUUCACCCAUGCAGGGCAGGGUGGGCUGAUCGAGGAGCCCACAGGUGACGAGCUACCCACCAAGAAGGGGCGGAGGAACCGUUUCAAGUGGGGCCCAGCAUCCCAGCAGAUCCUGUUCCAGGCCUACGAGAGGCAAAAGAACCCCAGCAAGGAGGAGCGAGAGACGCUGGUGGAGGAAUGCAACAGGGCGGAGUGCAUCCAGAGGGGGGUGUCACCAUCGCAGGCGCAGGGGCUGGGCUCCAACCUCGUCACGGAGGUGCGUGUCUACAACUGGUUUGCCAACCGGCGCAAAGAAGAGGCCUUUCGGCACAAGCUGGCCAUGGACACGUACAGCGGGCCCCCACCGGGGCCAGGCCCGGGAUCUGUGCUGCCUGCCCACAGCUCCCCUGGCCUGCCGCCACCCGCCCUCUCCCCCGGUAAGGUCCACGGUGUGCGCUACGGACAGCCUGCAGCCAGUGAGGCGGCAGAAGUGCCCUCGAGCAGUGGCGGCCCCUUGGUGACAGUGUCUGCAGCCCUGCACCAAGUGUCCCCCACGGGCCUGGAGCCCAGCCACAGCCUGCUGAGCACUGAAGCCAAGCUGGUCUCAGCAACGGGGGGCCCCCUGCCCCCGGUGAGCACCCUGACAGCACUGCACAGCUUGGAGCAGACAUCCCCAGGCCUCAGCCAGCAGCCCCAGAACCUCAUCAUGGCCUCGCUCCCCGGGGUCAUGACCAUUGGGCCUGGAGAGCCCGCCUCCCUGGGCCCCACGUUCACCAACACGGGCGCCUCCACCCUGGUCAUUGGCCUGGCCUCCACGCAGGCCCAGAGUGUGCCCGUCAUCAACAGCAUGGGCAGCAGCCUGACCACCCUGCAGCCUGUCCAGUUCUCCCAGCCACUGCACCCUUCCUACCAGCAGCCGCUCAUGCCGCCCGUGCAGAGCCACGUGGCCCAGAGCCCCUUCAUGGCUACCAUGGCCCAGCUGCAGAGCCCCCAUGCCCUCUACAGCCACAAGCCGGAGGUGGCCCAGUACACUCAUACGGGGCUGCUUCCGCAGACCAUGCUCAUCACCGACACCACGAACCUCAGUGCCCUGGCCAGCCUCACGCCCACCAAGCAGGUCUUCACCUCCGAGACCGAGGCCUCCAGUGAGUCUGGGCUUCAUACGCCGGCCUCCCAGGCCACCACCCUCCACGUCCCCAGCCAGGACCCUGCUGGCAUCCAGCACCUGCAGCCCGCUCACCGGCUCAGCACCAGCCCCACGGUGUCGUCCAGCAGCCUGGUGCUGUACCAGAGCUCCGACUCCAGCAAUGGCCACAGCCACCUGCUGCCGUCCAACCACAGUGUCAUCGAGACCUUCAUCUCCACGCAGAUGGCCUCUUCCUCCCAGUAACCAUGGCAACCACCUCCCAAUGCCUGGGCCCCUGAGCCAGUGCUGCCUGCAGGACAUCGGAGCCUGUCAGACUUCUGCUGCACGGGGCGCUGCCCCAGUCCCCCCUGCUCCGAAGCAUCAGGAAGGGAGAUCCAGAGGUGCCCCAAGGCUGCUUCCGACACAGCCGGGGCGUGGAGCGGUGGGGACCAGAGCCUGUUCCUGGCAGGACCUGGGAGGGACUGUCACUGCUGCUUGGGAUAAAACCUCGUUACCUGGAGCAGAAGGGGCAGCCUUUGACUCUGGCACCCCCAGCCUGGGCCUGGGGAGAGCCCGGGACCCCUGGGGCACUCUGGCAGUCACACUUCUCAGGACACAGGCCCGGGGGGCUGUGACUUGCUGAGCUCCAAGAGGCCCGAGAUCGGCGUGGCUUUGUUCUGGCACCUGUGUACCCACCAGGCCACUCCACCCUGCCCCAGUCCCUUCCAGCUGGUGACCCACAUGCCCAUCUGUACUGACCCUGUCACCCACUCACGCAGGCAUUUCCCGAGUGGCCACUCUGGGCCAGCGUCGGGGCUCUGAUGCCCAAGCCCUGGGGGGCUGGCGCCCUCAGGGAGGCGUCCUGAGAUCCCCUCCCUGGCCGUGGGACCUCGUUCUCCCGGCCAUGCGUUCACAGGAGCCUCUCGCCUCUACUUGCAAGGCUGCCGCGGGGCUAGGACGCUGUCCUCGCUCCGGUGGGCGCCUCGCGCCUCGUGGGGAGUCCAGGCCCUGCGGGUCCUUGCCUGGUUUAUGGGAGCAGCUGCCGGGCUCAGAAGGCAGCCAGGUCUGAGCGGCUCGCGCCAGGUGAGCCCCGCGCCAAGGAGCCACCCGCGUGGACAGGACCGACGCUCGGGGACUUGGGAGCCUGGCUGGCUGAGGGCUGGGGUCCCGGCUGUUGGCGGCCACCCGGCGGAGUGAGCACCACCGGAAGGACAGAGCAGCUGUGUGAGCCCAGGACCCCGUCUCCUCGGGCCUGCUGCCGAGGACCCGGCACUCGGUGGAUGGCUGGCACCUGGGACUGCGGAAAGGGGGGAACCAGCGCCCCCUACAGCUCGCAGCCAGCAAAAGGCAAACCUGUACAUUUAUUUAACUUUUAGUAACGUCAAUAAGAAAUGUACUAGAAACUUCGUAAUUGUCCACAAAGCACCCCGAUGGGGCCUGGGGACCGCAGAGCGUGGCUGAGGGGCAGGCCUGGGGCCUGGGGACGGCAGCCGGGCCCCAGCCCACACACCCACACACCCCGUGUCUCUGCUGCUCCUGCUCUGCUCAAAGUCUGACGAUGAAGGGUGAAGCCAGAAUUCCACCUUAACCUCGAGCUUCUCCUCCUCCUUGCAGAAGACCCUUGUUCGUGAAACCGAGUCUGCAAGUGCUGUCACACGUCCUGAUGUUGCCAAGCUGGGGCGAAGGAACGUGGCCCGGGGGCACGGGCAGGAGGAGGAUGUUUAUUUCAAAUGUUUCAUUACGGGUGGGCACUGGCAGGGAGGCAGCACUCAGAUCACGCUAAGUUUUGUUGUGGGUCCCUUGACAAUUUAUUUUCGAUAAUCUGGGUGCCUCAGA